AGAGAAGGGGAUGCAUUUAAAUUACUGGGUGGAUGAAUGUGAAAGAAAUUUGUAUGCUACUCUUGUCCCAGUCACAUUGGCCUCUUAUGUUUUGGCUUCUAUUAAAUGUUUGGCCACCAUCCUGGAGGCAUGCACUCUGUUAACCUCAAUCAAACAAGUUGGUGUGUUCUUUUAGGCCGGCAUCUGACAAUAAGAUUAUUUAAUGGUUCACAGAAGCCUUCAUGCUUGUAUAAUCUCCAACAGAAAGCAGUCUGAUAACAGAACUGCUGUGUCAGAUUGGACGGUUGAAACAAUGGCUAUAUUGUAUUGUUGCUGAAUGCCUGCUGUGUAUUACACUGAAAUACCAGUACAACUUUUUUUAUUUCUAGAAUGCGGAAGAAGGCCUCUUGUGGAUGAGACAGCAGAAGGAUCUCGGAUUAUAGGUGGACAUGAUGCUCAGCUUGGGGCUUGGCCAUGGCAAGUUAGUCUGCAAGCUCAACCCGCUCCUGGAGAACCUUUUUACCAUAUAUGUGGUGGAUCUUUAAUUAAUAGCAACUUAGUGCUGACAGCAGCACACUGCAUUAAAGUAAAUAUGAGUCCAGAAUCUUGGAGGGCAGUGAUUGGCUUGCAUCAUCUGUAUAAACCCCACUCUCGUACUGUAAUACAGAAGGUCAGCACUAUCACAAUCCAUUCUGACUUUGAAUGGGGCACCUUUGAAAAUGAUGUUGCCUUGUUUCAACUUGCCAAGUCUGUCAAGUACAAUGCCUAUAUUCAGCCCAUCUGCUUACCUGACACUUCUCCUCCCCUGUCUCAUGAGACCUCGUGUUACAUAAGUGGAUGGGGAAGCACAUAUGAAAAUGGCAAAGCUGAACAUAUAUUACAAGAAGCUCAAGUCAACAUUAUUCCACAGCAAAUCUGUAACAAAUUUGAUUGGUAUGCUGGGGCAGUAUCAUUGAAUAUGCUUUGUGCUGGUACUGCAAACGGGAGUGUCGAUAGCUGCCAGGGAGACAGUGGUGGUCCUCUGAUGUGUUCUUUCCUAGAUGACACGUAUUAUCUGAUAGGGAUCACCAGCAGUGGUGUUGGUUGUGGCCGACCACAAUUACCGGGAAUCUAUAUCCGUGCAGCAAAUUACAGAAGUUGGAUUGAUUCACAUGUAUUUGACAAAACCACCACUGUGAGCAUUCAGUUUGUCCUGAUCUUUUCAACUGCUGGAUGGGUAACUUUCCACCUCAUUCUCUAAAGAGGCAAACUUCUACUCCACUGAACUAGA